AUGCAGUUUAUAAUAUACGCCUAUAUAAUUUUUGCCAUAGUGAAAUUACCUGAAUUAGACAAAGAAGCACAAAUUGCAGAAGAUGAAGCCCAAAAAGUCAUAAAUGAAAUAACUGAUCAAUGGGGAAAUCAUAAUAUCUCAUUUGUAAUUGAAUGUCAAAAAUUAUAUUAUGAGAGUGAACAAGGAAUAACCCUGUUGACUGAUGUCAUAGGUUACGUGAAAAGCAAUUUAGUUGAUAUUAGUUCAAUACUGAAAGAAAACUACACUGAACUUAUAGAUUGUUUUCAAGAACAAAUCAAACAGUAUCAAAAAGAUAAAGACAAUCGUGCUGGUUUCGCAUGUUACGAUGAUAUGUCACUUGAUCUCUUUCAAAGCGUUAGUCUUCUCGAUGGAAAACUAGUUGAUUUGUAUAAGCGUAAAGCAGAAUUCAGUAAAUAUUUAUUUUACAGAAGAUUCAGUUUGGAUGUUGCUAGAAAAUUAAAACAACAAAUGAAAAAUUAA